AUGGCCUCGAAGGCCAAGUCCAAAAAGAGAGCUGCUGCAGACAGUGAAGGUGGAUCCCGGAAGAAACGAAAAUCUGCCUACGAACAGGAUGAGAGCCUCCUCGACACCGAGUUGGGAGUGAACAAGGGCUAUGCCUUCAUGGACCCUCAACUUCUGGCCGACCACCUGGCUCAGAAGACCACACGAUUCGGGAGCGACCUGAGUCCCAUCGAAUUGGCGGAUCUCUACAUCUCACCAAGCUCAAUACACGACACCACGUCAUGGCUGGAGGAUCGCACUCUGACAAAACUGCCUGGUUUUCUGGAGAAGUUCGCAAAGAAGCCAGAGGAUCUGGGGAAAGCCCCGAAGCAGAAAGGCUCGCCGCACACCAUCAUCGUGACUGGCGCAGGCUUGAGGGCCGCUGAUGUUGUGAGGGCCGUGAGGAAGUACCAGACCAAGAAAUGCUCGGUGGCAAAAUUGUUUGCCAAGCACAUGAAGAUCGAGGAGACAACCAAGUUCCUUCAAGAGCACCAUACUGGUGUUGCGGUGGGCACGCCAACGAGAUUGAAUGAUCUUGUUGAAAAUGGCGCACUGUCGUUGGAGAAUCUUGAGCGAAUUGUAGUCGACGCAUCACAUAUCGACCAAAAGAAGAGAGGCGUGCUCGACAUGAAAGAUACCAUGUUGCCGGUGGCGCGUUGGCUGGCACGCAAGGAAUUCAAGGAGAGAUACACAGCUGGGGACAAGCCUCUGCAGCUGCUGUUUUACUAG